AUGGAAAAAAAUUCAUUAUUUACCACCAUCACUACCACCAUCGCCGAUAUUCCAACAACUGCCGCUAUCAGUGUGGAUAAUAAACCUCCUGCUUACGCUCCUAUUAAAAAAGAGUAUAUCGAUGAAAAGAAAAACUAUGACAAAGUGGUUAUGGAAAGACCGAGACAUAAAUAUCGUGGCAUGAACCGCGAACGCAGAAAGGAAAUGGCUAAGAAAAAUGUGAGCUGGCCCGUAAGGGAUGUUUGUGAAGUCAGAUCAGAAGCUAUAAUUUGGGCUGUUGAGCAGUUACCUUGUCUAUGGAAUUUAGCAUGUGAAGAUUAUCGAGAUAGGACAAAGCGGCGACAGGGAUGGUCUACUGUUAGCCGCAUGCUUAUUCAUGAUUUUGAAAAUAAGGACUGGACAGAACGUCAAAGAAUUGAAAAAGAAAUACAAAGUAAAUGGAAAAAUAUACGCGAUUGUUAUGUGAGAGAUGUACGAAGAAAGAAUGGCGAAGGAAUAAAAUCGAGAGGUAAACGAACGCGCGAAUAUAUCCAUGCCGGAUUGCUAGCAUUCCUGGGUACUCCGUGUGUUACUAAGCCAGAUUCUGUUCAUUCUUCAGCAACUGAUCCUGGAAAUUCUUGUGAUUUCGUUCUCGAUAAUACUGUGAAGCCUUUUUUGGACCAUAGUGCAGAGGUUAACUGUAACUGGAUAAAGCAGGAAAAAUUGGAGGAGGAACUGAGAAUAAUUCUGGAAAAACGAUGUCCGGAUCCGGAAGAUGAUGAUGAUAGCGCUUUUUUCUCUACCUUACUUCCUACUAUAAGAAAUUUGGAUCCAGAACAAAAAGUUGAAUUUCGUUUGGAAGUUCUUCAAGCUCUACGGCAAAUUACUACAAAACAACCAUCGCCACCAUUACUUUUUCAAUCCGAAAAUCUAAACAUUAGCUCUAAUGCUAAUUUAUCAGGAAGUGUGUCUAGAAACGGCAGUAUCCCUUCGAAAACUGAAAGCAGUGCAUAUACAAAUGCUCGUCAACAGCUUCCGAGAUUAUGUGAAUCGAUUAUUCUUGGUAAACCAUGUAAGUAUACCGAGAAAUGCACAUCAUUGCAUUCUAUUGAAGAAUACCUAAAGAUUAAGCCACCAGAUAUAGGCUCAAUUUGUUAUAAUUUCGAUCAACGUGGUUUAUGCCCAUUUUCUUUUGCAUGCAGGUUUGCAAAUGCACACACAUCUAAUGCAAAGCAAAUUACUAAAUCUCCAGAUGUUUCAUACAAAAAAACUUUAAAUGCCAAUUCAGUUCCGCUUCAGAUUGCACUGAGGAAACGAAAAUAUGAUUUUGGAAAAAGUGAUCAGGCGGUUGCUGAAUUAUUGCAAACAUUAGGUUGCAUGGAACGUGAAAAUUUGAAAAUUGAUAUGCGAGAAUUAUCGGGGAAGUUAUAUUUGGCACCAUUAACAACGUUAGGCAAUUUACCAUUUCGUCGACUUUGUGUAGAUUUUGGUGCUGAAAUAACGUGUUCUGAAAUGGGAAUUUGUACAAACUAUCUGAAUGGUACAUCGUCGGAAUGGUCAUUAUUAAAGCGCCAUCCAAAUGAAAAGUAUUUCGGUGUCCAAUUAGCAGGUGGUUAUCCUGACUCGAUGUCUCGUGCUGCACAAAUUAUUGCUGAGAAUGAGCAAAUAGACUUUAUUGAUAUCAACUGUGGUUGUCCGAUUGAUCUAAUCAAUGAAAAAGGUGGAGGGUGUAGUUUGGCUUUGAGAUCUAAUAAGCUUGUUGAGGUCAUGAAAACAAUGUCAAAAGUAAUUGGAAAUACUCCGCUAACCUUAAAAUUACGGACAGGAAUUAAGGAAGGUGUUUACACUGCUCAUCAAACAAUCUCGAAAGUGGUUAAAUGUUGUCCUCCACAGCUAAUUACUUUGCAUCCUCGUUCUAAGGCUCAACGAUAUACAAAAUUGGCGGAUUGGUCAUAUACACAACAAUGUAGUGAGGCCUGCCAAAAUAUUCCAUUUUGGGCCUGUGGUGAUGUACUUUCUUAUACAGAUUAUUAUGAGAAGUUAGGAAAAUAUCCAGUUAAUGGUGUUAUGAUUGGUCGCGGAGCACUUAUGAAACCAUGGAUUUUUACAGAAAUUAAAGAGUGUAGGCAUUGGGAUAUUACAGCUAGUGAGCGAUUGGAUUAUAUACAGAGAUUCGUUAAUUACGGUUUGGAGCAUUGGGGUAGCGAUGAUGAAGGAGUGGAAAAAACUCGUCGUUUUCUCUUGGAAUGGCUCUCUUUUGCAUAUCGUUACAUACCUGUUGGUUUGUUAGAGGUUGUACCACAGCGCAUGAACGAGAGGCCGCCGUUUUAUCAUGGCCGUUCCGAUCUGGAAACUUUGUUAGCUAGCGAUCAGUCUAGAGAUUGGAUUAAAAUUUCGGAGAUGUUUUUAGGAAAGGUACCAGAAAAUUUCUUGUUCAUACCGAAGCAUAAUGCUAAUGCUUAUUUAAAGGUUGAUGUUUCUAAAAGGAUUCCUACUACAAAGCAAAGCAAUGAUGAAUAG